AUGUGUUACAAUCACCGGCCCGACACCUACCCGCGCACCGUGGUUCGCCAGCUCAACACCCAUGACGGCAAGCAUAUCGACGAACUGUGGAGAGUCGAGAAGGCCGGGAAAAUGCUUGACCUCGGUGACCAGCAGUAUAAUCACCUCGUCCUUCUUUUCCGCGGCCUCGUACACGUCGUCAAGUUCUGGACAAUUUCGGCUGGGACCCGCGGUGAUCCGGACACGCCCAAGCUGAUGUUCUCCCGGCGGCCAAGGCAAAGACGAUGGGCUUGA